UGUGAGCUUCUCAGAUAGAGAUGUGACACUGUGAGCUUCUCAGGUAGAGAUGUGACACUGUGAGCUUCUCAGAUAGAGAUGUGACACUGUGAGCUUCUCAGAUAGAGAUGUGACACCGUGAGCUUCUCAGAUAGAGAUGUGACACUGUGAGCUUCUCAGAUAGAGAUGCAAUUUUGGGGGGGUUUUAAUUGACAAGAACUGAUGGACACACGUUAGAAUGUUACCAAAUACUGUUACAUGUUCUGCCAAUCAGGUCUGUUCUCUUUUCAGGCCCUACUCUCAUACUGUUACAUGUUCUGCCAAUCAGGUCUGUUCUCUUUUCAGGCCCUACUCUCAUACUGUUACAUGUUCUGCCAAUCAGGUCUGUUCUCUUUUCAGGCCCUACUCUCGGUUUCAUCCUGACGCCAACAUAUACCCCUACUGUCCUACACUGUGGAGAACCGGAAAGAGAAAAUAAGACGACCAUCAUGUCAUCUGUUCAUUUCAAUCCUGGGUCGGAUUCCAAGGAAGUUAAUGGUAGUGUAGAGAAGCUGGAGGAGGCUAAGGUGGAGAUAGACGAUGGGAAGGAUGAGAGUGCUGAACCUGAUACCAUGUAUCAACUUAUUCGGAGGAAGAUUACGCCUUUUGUCAUGUCCUUUGGAUUCCGUAUGUUUGGUGUGGUACUGAUCAUAGUGGAUAUAGUGCUGGUGAUAGUAGACCUGUCUCUGAUGACGCGGAGCAGAGAUGUGGGGGACGUUCUAGAGACGGUCUCUCUCAUCAUCUCUCUGUUCUUCCUCACCGACGUACUGCUACGGGUCUAUGUAGAGGGGUUCAAGGUGUACUUCAGUUCCAGACUGAAUAUCAUAGAUGCCUGUAUCGUUGUCAUCACCCUGGUUGUCACUAUGAUCUACACCUUCUCUGACCUGACAGGGGCCAGCCUCAUACCCAGGGUGGUGACGUUCCUGCGUUUUCUGAGGAUUAUAAUCCUGGUCAGGGUCUUCAGAUUAGCCUCUCAGAAGAAAGAACUGGAGAAGGUCACCCGGAGGAUGGUGUCUGAGAACAAGCGUCGCUACCAGAAAGACGGCUUUGACCUGGAUCUCACCUACGUCACAGAUCGUGUCAUUGCCAUGUCGUUCCCCUCCUCUGGGAAACAAGCCCUGUACAGAAACCCCAUCCGGGAGGUGGCUAGGUUCCUAGAUACCAAACAUGAAGACCACUACAGAGUAUACAACCUCUGCAGUGAGAAAGGUUACGACCCCAAGUUCUUCCACUACAGAGUAGAGAGGGUGUUUAUCGACGACCACAACGUGCCUUCUCUAGAGGACAUGCUGAAGUACACUGCAGGUGUGAGAGAGUGGAUGGCAGCUGAUCCCAAAAACAUCAUUGCCAUCCACUGUAAAGGAGGAAAAGGGCGUACAGGGACUCUGGUGUGUACCUGGCUCAUUGACAGUGACCAGUUUGAGAGCGCUCAGGACAGCUUGGACUACUUUGGGGAGAGGAGAACAGACAAGAGCCGCAGCUCCAAGUUCCAGGGAGUGGAGACCCCGUCUCAGAGCAGGUACGUGGGUUACUAUGAAGUGAUGAAGACUAAGUUCAACCGACAACUUCCUCCAGAACAGAGCCUGAAGAUCAAGAGCAUCCGCAUCCACUCCAUAGCAGGUGUGGGUAAAGGGAAUGGUAGUGACUUGAAGGUGAAGAUCACUGUCAGGAAGAAGCUGGUGUUCCUGUGUGUCUGUGCCAAACAAGAGAACUGCACGGUGUUUCCUGAUGCUGGUACCAACUCGGUGGUGAUCAGCCUGCAGGAGGGGCCUGUUGUCAACGGUGACGUUAAGGUCAUGUUUGAGUCCUCUGCUGGUCUCCCUAAAGGAUAUGAAGACUGUCCUUUCUAUUUCUGGUUCAACACCUCCUUUAUAGAGAACAACAGACUGGUCCUGUCUAGAGAAGAAUUGGACAACCCCCACAAGGCCAAGACCUGGGAUCUCUACAAGGAGGCCUUUGGAGUCACCCUGUCUUUCUCUGAACCUUGACCUCUGACCUUUUAACCCCUGUCCAACUCUGAGCCCUUACCCCUGAUAACAAACCUGUCUGUGUGCCAAAUAGCACUCUGUAUAGUGGACGGUCAGACCAGAGCCCCCAUGGGGCCUGUAUAUAACUAAAGUGCUGUAUAGAGAUUAGGGUACCAUUUUGAGAUUCAUGCCUUCUCUGCCUUCUCUGACCCAUGAUAGUCCUGUCAGACCAAUGGGGCUACACCUCCUGAACUAGCCAAAGACACUCCACUACCAGAAACUACUAGCUGUGUCCCAAUCCUCUAUCCUUUCUUCUAGAGUGUGCACUCGUUCACUUCCUUUAUCAUUUGAUAAGAGAAACGACUGGCUGUGUCCCAAUCCUCUAUCCUUUCUCCCACCAAUCCAACUUGGGGAAGCAGCGAAGGUGUGUACACCCUUUUAUUUAGGAGAAAGGAGAUUAUUAUUGGGACCCUGGUGUCUGUCUGUUUGCACUGAGCCAUUAGACCUUACGUUUAUCAUUAGUCCUCUGUGGUCAUUAGACCUUAUGUUUAUCAUUAGUCCUCUGUGGCCAUUAGACCUUGUGUUUAUCAUUAGUCCUCUGUGGUCAUUAGACCUUGUGUUUAUUAUUAGUCCUCUGUGGCCAUUAGACCUUGUGUUUAUCAUUAGUCCUCUGUGGCCAUUAGACCUUGUGUUUAUCAUUAGUCCUCUGUGGCCAUUAGACCUUGUGUUUAUCAUUAGUCCUCUGUGGUCAUUAGACCUUGUCUUUUUUCUACAUUUCUGUUAACAAACAAAAAGGGAUCAUUUGGAUAUGAGGGAUGUUCAAUACUUAAAGAUGAUUGUUGUGGAGACCUUGGAAGAUUUAUGGGCCAGUUUCCCGGACAUAGAUUAAGUCCUGGACUAAACAGCUGUUUAAAUUGAAAGUGUGGUUGUUGUUGUCCAGGUCUAGGAUAAUCUGAAACCAGGCUUAUAAAUGUAACUGAAUCUAUGCUAAUAUUAUCCUGUCAAUACAAAGGGGUAUACUAAAGAGCAAGAUCUAUAAAUUAGCAAACUAAACUUUAAAUAUUCUGAAAUAUAUAUAAUAUAUAUAUAUAUAUAUAUAUAUAUUUUGUAAGGAUAAACUUGAAAUAGGCAUGGUCUAAUUUCUGAGGUUAACCUUCUUAAUGAAACAUAAAUUCGAUAGAUAUGUUUCUCGUUGUUUAUCAGUUAGCUGGCUAACUUGUUGAUCCUGCAUUGCAGCAGAGCCCUCUGGGUAGUGAAGGAAGACUGGGGUUCUGUUUCACUAAAAUAUCAGUGUUCCAGCUUAAAAUAAAUAAACAAAUAUAUUUCCACGUGU